UUAUAACCCCAGGCUGAAGCAACAGAGCAGUUAGUUCAGUGUUCCUGAGCCUCCCAGUGGUUGACCUGACUGCUGAUCUCUACAGUUACCCUUUGUGUGGCAGUGACCUUCGCAGUGAUCCUAAAAAAUGAACCCCGUUGUCACGCAGCCCAGGUAUGGUGCAGGAGGUUCCACGGCCAGCGACUGGCAAACCGGCACGUUUGACUGCUGCAGCGACAUAGGGAUUUGCCUCUGCGGGACUUUCUUCCCUCUGUGCCUUUCGUGUCAGAUUGCCUCUGACAUGGACGAAUGCUGCUUAUGUGGAGCAUCUGUCGCCAUGAGGACCUUGUAUCGGACUCGAUACGGCAUCCCGGGAUCCAUUUGCAACGACUCCCUAAUGCUGAUGUGUUUCCCUCAGUGCGUCCUUUGUCAACUCAAGAGAGAUAUUGAAAAAAGAAAAGAAAUGAAUGCUUUUUAAAGAUGUUUGGUAAAAUUUCAAUUGUGGUGAAAGAAAAAUACUGGAAUGAAAUGCUGCAUUUAUUAAGUGCUAUCUCACCUCAAAUAUUAGAAAUUAAUGCAAUUAAUUAUAUGGUUUCAAAUGGCUUCAAAACAUUUUUAUUUCCAAUUAAUUUUGAAAGAGUUAUGUUUCCAGCUCUAGUCUGUAAGAUAACUGCCAUUAAAAAACAUUGAA